AUGUCGGACAAACGCAUCAACACUGCCAACGCUAGACUCGGCCAAGUCUCUGGUCAAAUUUCUUCCACUCAACCCGUCGCUAUGAGCACUUCCUCAGCGAACCGCGCUUCUGCGUCUGCGUCUGCUUCAGCUGGAGGCAGCGUGGACGACAGUAAACUCGUCAAGCUUCUUUCGGAAGGCGGACUGCGCACCAUCCUGCUCAACCGUGAGAAAGCGCUCAACGCACUCAAUCAGGAGAUGGUUGAUCUCAUUAACUCAGCGCUCGACGUAUGUACGCACUCGUCCAACUGCAACGUCAUCAUGCUGCGUGGAGUAGGACGAGCCCUGUGCUCAGGCGGAGACGUGUUGGCCGUCGUCAAGGCGGCCGAUUCCUCUGACCCCAAGGUUCGCAACACCGCAUUGGAUUUCUUCCAAUCCGAGUUCCAGCUCGACUACAAGAUCGCCCGAUUGGGUGAGGCUGCCAACGCGCACAGUGCCGGUGCUGGUGCCGAGGACGCACGUACCCUCGCCGAGAGGAAAGGAAGCGAGCUGAAGAAGCCCAAGACGUUUGUAAGCGUCAUGGACGGCAUCACCAUGGGAGGCGGCGUGGGGCUGAGUGUUCAUGCUCCAUUCCGCUUGGCUACGGAGCGAACGCUGUUCGCAAUGCCAGAGACGGGUAUCGGAUACUUCCCGGAUGUCGGCGUCACGAGGGUGUUGGCGAGACUGGAUGGAAGUAUUGGACAGUACCUUGGAAUGACGGGUGCGCGAAUUUCUGGUCAAGAAGCGUACCUUGUGGGUCUGGCUACGCACUACGUCGCGUCCUCGAGCAUCGAUGCUAUCGCUCAUCGUUUGAGCACCUUGCCUGCCGAAUCGGCGCUCAACCCGUCGCUCGUCUCGUCGGCUCUGCACGAAUAUUCCGCCGAUCCACUGUCUGCCGUGGAAACGAUCGAAAAGUCUGCCUUCUUCGGCGAUCGUCGCAUUGCUCUCGACUAUGUGUUUGGCCAACUCUCGUGCGAGUCCAUCUUGGGCUGUCUUGAAGAAAUCUCUUCGGCCCAAGCCGAUUCACAAGCGGCCUCUGAACUAGCCCUGCUCGGUCUGCGCUCUAUUACCCCCGAAGUGCAACAGUGGGCCGCACAAACCCUUGGGGAUCUCAAGACAAAGUCUCCACGCUCGCUCAAGAUCACACACCAGGCCAUCUUGGAAGCGAGGCGAUUCGACGUGGAAGAAGCUUUCCGAUUCGACAUGCGUCUUGCCACCGCCUUCUGUGAUCUUUCGAUCGGACGCGAUUUCUACACUGGCGUUACGCACGUUCUUGAGCGCGAUCCCAAGACGGGAAAGCGUCGUACCGGGAUUGCUGACUGGGAACCCGCUUCGCUCGACAAGGUUUCCGAUACACAGAUCCGUGCACAGUUCUUUGCCGAUCUCGAAACGGCGAGAAAAGCAGGAUUGCAGCUCGAGCUGCCUCAGUUGGACAGUAUUCCCAAUCCGUUGACGAGCAAAGAAGCUAGACAAGCGAGGGACAGUCUGCUGCGCGGUAAAGGUCCAUUGAAGUGGGAACAGAGUCAUAAUGUGUUUGCGCUGCCGAGCGAGGCUGAGUGCGCGGCUCUGUUGGAAGGAAACCAUCCCGCAGCAGCGGCGGUCAAGCCUGAUAGCAGCGAGUUGGUCGAUUGCCUCAAGAGGCACAAGGGAACUUUGCCUGGCUUGGAGUUCAAGGUGAGAGACUGGAUCGAGAGACUCGAUCGUCGCAGGGUGUAG